AAAGAAUACACUUCCGUAUUUUGAAGCUGACCAAAAAUCCGAAGAAGCUUUACACACAAACAAUGGGACACAAGAUGGAUAGGUUGUGUUGUCUUUUGGUGUCCUUAUCGGCAGUAUCGGCACAGUUUGUGCCACCGUAUACCGAAGAAUGCCAGACGGGCAUGUACCCUCCCAAAGGUCCAACAUUCAAAGGGCCUGUCACCUGGUACACAAUAGACCUGGAUUUGCCCCCCAGCGAAAGAUGGAAGCUAAUCAUCACUGACAAGAAAGCUGAGUUGGUCAACAUGAUCCAGGCUAUCAGGGAUUUGGCCAACGCAUUUGUUCCUAGUGGGAAACUGAUAGAUUUGGUCGACAAGGACUUGCCUUUGAUAGUGAAUACCCUACCCUACCCAUUCAAUGAGGAAAUAAAAGGAGUCGCGACUGCCUCGGGUGUUCCCCUUGGCGAGGUUGUCCUCUACAACAUCUUCUAUGAGAUCUUUACAGUGUGCACUUCUCUAGUGGCAGAGGACUCAAAUGGUAACCUUAUCCAUGGGCGGAAUAUGGACUUUGGACUAUUCAUGGGUUGGGACAUUAAGAACAGGUCCUGGUUGAUAACAGAGAAACUCAAGCCUCUGGUGGUCAACAUUGACUUCCAGAGAGGCAACAAGACGGUCUUCAAGUCCACUAACUUCGCCGGCUACGUGGGCAUGUUGACUGGUAUCAAACCGCAUGCUUUCACUCUGACCAUGAAUGAGCGCUUCAGCCUUGAUGGAGGAUACAUCGGGAUCGUGGAGUGGAUCCUGGGGAAUAGAGAUGGGAUGUGGAUGAGCUUCCUCACUCGCUCUGUCUUAGAGAAUGCUACCAGCUACGAGGAGGCAAAGAACCUUCUGGCCCAGACCAAGCUGCUGGCCCCGGCCUACUUCAUCUUGGGAGGGAACCAGACGGGCCAGGGCUGUGUCAUCACCCGCUCCAGAGUCCUUAGCCUCGACAUCUGGGAGAUUGAGCUGAAGCUGGGCCGCUGGUACGUUCUGGAAACCAACUACGAUCACUGGAAGGAGCCUCUGUUCUUGGACAACCGCAGGACUCCAGCCAUGAAGUGUAUGAACCAGACCACGCAGGCAAACAUCUCACUGAAGACAGUGUACGACGUGCUGUCAACAAAACCAGUCUUGAACAAGUUGACCACAUACACCACGUUGAUGGACGUGAACAAGGGCAAACUGGAAUCCUACAUCCGUGACUGCCCCAACCCCUGUAUGCCCUGGUGAAGCCUCCAAAUGGGUUUCUAACAGAACGGUGGUGGGGAGAUGGGCUUAACUGAUUCAGAAACUGGAGAAUCCUGUUGUACAUAUUUCAAGUCUUUGCGCUGUAACUAAAGGCUCCAAUCGAAAUAUUGCCUCAACAUUGCUUAACCCUUAACACUUAUACAUGGGUUGAAAAUGGCAGACGUUCUCUGAACUUGAUCAUUACGCAACAAAGUUGCCUUCCCAGUAAUUGGGCAACUUUGUCUGAGUGAGAAAUGCUGUAAAUUAAGAGGACUAUGUAUUUUGAAAGAUGACAGGGGAUUAUAAUUAAUACCACUGAUGUCAUACAAGCAACCCAAACACCUCGGAGUCCAAAUGUGCACUUUACAUUUCCAAAUCAUAAAACUCAUGUCUAUACAGUGCCAAAUGUUUAUGAUCACUGUUUGAUGUACAGUUAAGAUGCAAUGUCAUACCCUUGGUUUUUCUGAAAAAAUUGAGCCCAUUUGAAUUUGUUUUGCUGCUGACUCCUAUGCGCAGCAAAAAUUACAAUGUCUGAAUUGCCUUGUGAAAGUGUAUCAUGUCUUGUUGCACCUACCCCACACUUCCCAAUAGUCUUCUUACUGGAUGUAUCUGGUUAUUUUUAUUUCAUUACCAAAAUCUACACAAAGCUCAAAUGCAAAUCAUGUGUAAAAUUUGGAUUCAGUUGAA